AUGCGGCUGCUUUCUGACUUCAAAUCCAUGGUUGAAGAUGCGGAAACGAUUGUUAAGUUAACAGAAGAGAUGGACUCUACUGAUGUUAGUUUACUUGAAGAGGCAAUGGGAAUCAUUAAGGAGUUGAAUAAAUCUCUAGAUCGAUUUGAGCUAACACAGCUUCUAUCAGGACCUUAUGACAAAGAAGGUGCUGUAGUCUACAUUACCGCUGGAGCUGGAGGCACAGAUGCUCAGGAUUGGGCCGAUAUGCUGCUUAGGAUGUAUAUGAGAUGGGGAGAGAAGCAGCGGUACAAGACUAAAGUUGUUGAAAUAUCUAAUGGAGAGGAAGCAGGGAUUAAGUCAGCCACCCUUGAAAUUGAAGGGCGUUAUGCUUAUGGUUACAUUUCAGGGGAGAAAGGAACUCAUAGGAUUGUUCGACAGUCACCAUUCAAUUCGAAAGGCCUACGGCAAACGAGCUUUUCCGGUGUGGAAGUGAUGCCGCUUCUGCCUGAGGAAGCAGUGGGAAUUGAAAUACCAGAGGAGGACCUUGACAUUAGUUUCACGAGGUGUUUAGGCAACUAA